GGCACACUUCCGCUUCCAGUUCCUAGCAUCGGUUCUUAGCGUCGACUCGGGCCGAGGCUUUGCAUUCGACCGAGCAGGUUGUGGCGUCGGCUGGUUCCAGGCGAUUCGAGCUCCAGCCAGGAUGAUCGAGGUUGUUUGCAACGACCGUCUGGGGAAGAAGGUCCGCAUUAAAUGCAAUACUGAUGACACCAUCGGGGACCUUAAGAAGCUGAUCGCAGCCCAAACUGGCACCCGUUGGAACAAGAUCGUAUUGAAGAAGUGGUACACGAUUUUUAAGGACCACGUGUCUCUGGGGGACUAUGAAAUCCAUGAUGGGAUGAACCUGGAGCUUUAUUACCAAUAGAGCAGAAUUCCUUUUGCCUGCCCUUCUCUCUUCUCCCACCCUCACCCCUCCACCGAUAUGGAUGCUUGUUUUUGAAAACUGAUGUUAAUAAAAGUUUAGAGGCU